AUGUCGGACAAUAACCGCAUUAGAAAGCAGGAGACGAAAAAGAAGGGAGAAACAUAUGAGGAUAGCCGUGCAAGACAGAGGGAAAAAAGACGAGCUGUGUUAGUUGGUGAAACACCGGAGGAAAGACAGUAUCGGCUGGCAAAGAAGAAGGAUGCCUAUAAAAGAAGAGCUGAAACAAGUACAGGAAAAAAAGGUCAUGAGCUAAGAGCUGAAAGGCGACAAAAGAUGCUGCAAGAAACGCCAACACAAAAAGAACGUCGUCUUAGAAUGCGAAGAGCUGCUUACAGACGAAGAACUGACGAAAGUACUGAGGAGAAACGGGAGAUGCAAAGAGAACAUAAUAGAGCUAAUGCCAGAGAAAGAAGGCAACAUGAAAGUAAGGGAAAAAGACAAAAAAGACUUGAAAGAAUGAGACAACGAGCGGUAAGUCUUUUGGAGACAGGUAAUAGUAAUGAAAUGCAACAGGUACCGCCACAAAAUUCUGAGGUAAGGCAUGAAAAUGCAAUAACAGUAGCUAGAGAUGAGGUCCUCACCAGUAGUUCAGACCAAUAUUUACAUGAAGGUGGCUGGCAAAAUGUUGACAACCCAUUGCAUGAGCAGGUAUUUGUUCAGAAUGAGAUGCACAGUUUUCAUUUAGAUCAAGACCAUUUAGAGCAUCGCCAGUGUACAAUUUGUAAAGAGGCUUGGCCAACAAGGCAAAACUUGGCAGCAGAUCCCUUUGUUUGUUACCGCUGUCAAAGAGACAAGAAGUCCCCGAAAAAUUUCAGUGCUGGCAAUGACAUGGACCCAGGUAUUGUUCCUGAGCAGUUGAGAGGUUUGACACAAGUAGAGGAAAUGCUGAUUUCAAGGGUUUGCCCUAUCAUGCAAGUCUACAGAAAACAUGGUGGGCAAAGGGGUUAUAAAGGCCACGUACUAAACUUACCACAGGAUAUUCAAAGUUUCUUGAAUAGGUUGCCUGCGCAAGUGGCUGACUUGCCUGUUAUGAUUGUGCGGAGACGUGGUGCUGAUCAGACACAUAAAGAUUUCACAGUUCGUCGACACAAGGUGUUUGAAGCUAUAUUGUGGUUGAAAACAAACAAUCCAUUUUUCAAAGACAUUGAAAUUGACAGGGAUGUUAUCCAAAGUCUACCAGAGAAUGGUAUCCCUGAGGAGCUAAGGUAUGUUAUUGAUGACCAGGAACUUUUAGUUCAUGCAGAAAAUGAGGGGCCCCCACAAGAACCUGAAAUGAGUGCUAAUGCAACAGUUGAAGAAUUAGUUUUAGGAAAUGGCAGUACAUCAUUUAUUCCUAUGCGUCAAAGACAAAGAAAGGAUGGUGCAGCUAUCCAAGAUGCAGUGAAUGAGGUUGACCCUUUGGACUGGCCAUCUACAGAAGGUAAUGCUGUUAAUGAAUUUAAAACAGAUGGUUUGGCAAGCAUGGCAUUUCCAACACUAUUUCCCCAUGGGAGAGGUGACCCGACAAACAGAGUCAGGCAGCAUGAGGUAAGUUUGGCAGAGGCAUUCAAACACCUGAUGAAGUUUGCAGAGAGGCUGCCAAAUGGUAAGUUUGAAUGGAGGUUUGCCUCACAUCCCCGGUUCCCAUACUGGGCGUUGAAUAUGAAGCAGAGGCAUCAGCUGUUGUCACAAGCUAACAUUUACUUGCGGCAACAUCCAGCGGAUGCAAACAUGACUAUGGAGGAGCUGAAAACAAUGGUAAACUCUAUGGGUGCAAAUCAAAUGGUAAAUCGUUUGCAACGUUAUGUUUCAAAAAUUCAAGGAACAAAUCAGUAUUGGUAUCAGAGACUGCAAGAACUCUUGGCCCUGAUUGAACAAAAAGGUUGCCCUACCUUUUUCUUUACCUUUAGUGCAGCUGACAGCCAUUGGCCAGACUUGCAAAGACUGUUGCAAAGUAAUGAGGGUGCAUCAAGAACAGAGAGAGCACAAGCAGUGAUAGACAAUCCGCACCUGACAGAUUGGUUCUUCAUGCAAAGGCUACAGGAGUUUAUCAAACAUUGGCUUCAAGGUGUCUUGGAUGCUGAAUGGUUUUGUUAUGUUGACUGGCUUGUGACCACAGUUAAUGAUGAUCUGCCUGAUGAGAACUGGACAGUACCAGAUCCACACCCUUCUGCGGUGAAAGCCACAUCAGUUGAUAAUCAUGAUGUUGAUUAUCACAGGUUAGUAAAUUCAGUAGAGAGGCACACCAGAUGCAGUCCAGCGUAUUGCCUGAAAAAGAAGAGGGUUGACCUGCCUGCAGAGUGCAGAUUUGGGUUCCCAAAACCAUUACAAGAGGAAACUGCGCUGAUUUAUGAGGUAAUUGUGGAUGAAAAGGCAUGUGCAAGAUAUAUGGCCAAGUAUGCAGCAAAAGGGGAACCACGAUCAAAAUCUGCUUCUGACAUACUGAAGUUGUCUGUAUCUUCAUUACAGAAUGAUGACCAAGUGUCUUCUGCAAUCAAGAAAGCAAUGAUCCAAGUUGCUGGUGAUCGAGACAUGGCUGCUCAGGAGACUGCCCAUAUGUUACUCAGUUUGCCUUUGAUUAUGGAGAGCGGACAAAAGUGGAGAGUAGGUAUAGGGGGUUAUCUCAGUUGA